AUGGUGCUAACCACUCAAAAAUUGGUAUGGUUGACCUUUGUGAUUGUCCUCGCUUUCCCUAUUGAAGCUAGAAGGCUUUCAACAUAUGGAGAAAAGGUUUCUUCUAACUUAGUGCAAGUUGAAAAAUGGAAAAUACCUCUUUUUGAGAGGGUGAAAUUUGGACUGUUGGCAAAAGGUCAUGUCCCUCCAUCUGCGCCUAACGAGCCCCCUUCUCUCAAGGGAACGUCUGACCCUCCUCCACCUCCUCUUGGUUUGCCUAAAAAUGGCCAUUAUCCUCCAUCUAGGUCUAGCAAGGGAACGUUUGAUCCUUCUCCUCCUCCUCCUCAUGGUUUGCCCAAUAAUAGCCACUAUCCUCCAUUUGGGCCUAGCAAGGGAACCUCUGACCCUCCUCCACCUCCUCAUAGUUUGCCAAAAAAUGGCCACUACCCUCCAUUUGGGCCUAGUAAGGGAAAGUCUGACCCUCCUCCUCCUCCUCUUCAUGGUUUGCCCAAUAAUGUCCAAUAUCCUCCAUUUAGGCCUAGCAAGGGAACGUCUAGCCCUCCUCCUCCUCUUCCUCAUGGUUUACCCAAAAAUGACCACUAUCCUCUAUCUAGGCCUAACAAGGGAACGUUUGAUCCUCCUCCUCCUCAUGGUUUGCCCAAUAAUGGCCAUUAUCCUCCAUCUGGGCCUAGCAAGGUAACCUUUGACCCUCCUCCACCUCCUCAUGGUUUGCCAAAAAAUGGCCACUACCCUCCAUCUGGGCCUAGCAAGGGUACGUCUGACGUCCCUCCUCCUCCUUAUGGUUUGCCCAAUAAUGGCCACUAUCCUCCAUCUGGGCCUAGCAAGGGAAUGUCCGACCCUCCUCCUUCUCCUCCUCAUGCUUUGCCCAAUAAUGGCCACUAUCCUCUAUGUGGGCCUAUUAAGGGAACGCCCGACCCUCCUGCCCCUCCUCAUGGUUUUAUUCCAAUUAAGGUCUAA